AUGGACAGUAGUCAUGACAUCAAGGUUGGUGUUAACAAAAGGAUAGAAGGACUUAAAGAAAAGACAAGAAGAGUUGUAAUAAUUACGUCGUCUUUAGACGAUGAUCCCACGACCACAUUGAAGCUAAUCGACACCAUUCAAAGACUAGGAGUUGGGAGCUAUUUCGAAGAAGAGAUAGUUCAAAUAUUAGAAACAAAGCUCAAACGAGGUUUGCGUGCUGAUAAUUUGUGUACAGUAGCUCUAUGUUUUCGUCUUCAACGACAAAAUGGCAUCCAUAUUAAUCCAGAUGUUUUCGGAAAAUUCAUGGAUGCUAAUGGGAUGUUUAACAAGUCAUUAUGUGAAGAUGUAGAAGGGUUAUUGAGUUUAUAUGAAGCUUCAUACUUGGGUGCAAAUGGAGAGGAUGUUCUAUCACUUGCCAAGGAAUUUACUACCACAUAUCUUCGGAAUUCAGUUUCACUAUUAACACCCAACCUUCGUAAAUCGGUUCUUCAAGCUUUAGAGGUUCCAAGGCACUUGAGAAUGGUAAAGUUAGAAACAAGAAGAUAUAUCGACGAAUAUGGUAACGAAAUUGAUCACAAUCCAGUUUUGCUAGAACUAGCAAAGUUGGAUUACAAUCAUGUCCAAUCUCUUCUCCAAAGGGAAUUGGAUGAGGUUUCUAGCUGGUGGAGAGGUUUGGGUCUAGCAAAGAAGCUAGGUUUUGUUCGAGAUAGACAUGUCGAGUGCUUUCUAUGGACCGUAGGAGUCUUGCCGGAGCAAAAGUACUCCGAUAGCAGAAUUGAACUAGCUAAACUCGUUGCCAUUAUGUUGGUAAUCGAUGAUAUAUAUGAUAUCUAUGGCUCUUAUGAUGAUCUUGUACUCUUUACUAAAGCAAUUCAAAGAUUUGAUUUGAAUGAGUUGGAGCAACUGCCCGAGUACAUGAAAACAUGCUACAUGAUUCUCUAUAACAAUAACAAUGAUAUUUGUGAUAAAAUCCUCCAAAAACGUGGGUUGAAUGUCAAACCCUUUCUAUGCAAGACGUGGAUUGAUUUAGCUCAAUGUUACCUGGUGGAAGUUGAAUAUGUUAAAAGAGGAACCAUGCCAAACCUUAAAGACUACAUAGAGAAUGGAGUAACAACAUCAGGGGCAUAUAUGGCGAUGGUGCAUCUAUUCUUUCUCAUAUCGGAAGGGGUUACAAAUGAGAAUAUGAGGCAUAUUCUUCAUCCGUACCCUAAUUUCUUUACCGUGACUGGAACCAUUCUUCGUCUAUGGGAUGAUCUAGGAACUGCUAAGGAGGAACAUGAAAGAGGGGAUACACAAUCAAGUAUACACUUGCUCAUGAAAGAAAAGAACAUAACAAGUGAGGAAGAGGGAAGGAAACAAAUAUUGCAACUAAUUCAUGGUCUAUGGAGUGAGCUAAAUGCAGAACUAGUUACGCCGAAUCUAGUGUUGUUGCCAAUAUUCAGAGUUGCCCUAAACGCGUCAAGAACAUCUCAAAUUGUUUAUGAACAUGAUGAAAAUAGCUAUUUAUCUAGUGUAGAAAACCAUGUUCAAUAUUUCUUCUAUAAACCCAUUGAUAUGUAG